AUCAUCACUCUACCAAGUACACAGUACAAUUUCAAAACUCCCUAUACUUUCAAAGAGAAAAACUAACUAAGAAAAAUGAAGGUAGGAGGAGCAGUUGAUGCUACUGAUAAAGAAGCCUCAAAACCAAUCCCAAUCCCAAAAGUAAGGGUGAGCAGAGUGCUCUCUGUUCUAGACUUCACUCUGCGGGUAGCUGCAGCCCUUGGAACAUUGGCAAGUGCCAUAGCUAUGGGAACCAGCCAGGAAACACUUCCCUUCGCCGCGCAGUUUGUUCGAUUCAGGGCUCGUUACAAGGAUCUUCCCACGUUAAUGUUUUUUGUGAUGGCCAACUCAAUUGUAUGUGUCUACCUUGUGCUUUCUCUUCCUUUAUCCUUUGUCCAUAUCAUCUGGACUGCAGCAAAAAACAGCAGGAUCGUCUUGAUCAUCUCUGACACGGUGAUGAUGGGGCUUGUAACUGCUGGAGCUUCAGCAGCAACAGCCAUAGUGUACCUGGCACAUUAUGGCAACUCCAGCACCAACUGGUUUGCAUUUUGCCGGCAAUUCAACAGCUUCUGCGGGCGCAUUUCUGGAUCUCUUAUCGGCUCCUUUGUUGCCAUAACUGUACUUGUACUCCUAAUCAUCAUGCAAUCUGUGGCAAUCUGUCGACGCUGAUGUGUUGCAAGGAACUGCUGGUUGGUAUUAAUGUCAUCUUUUCGUGUGAAAACAUUACAUGGGUUUGUAAGUGUGUGAUAUGAAAAAAUUUGCUCCUAGUAUCUUUCAUUUACACAACAUAAAUUGUACGUUCUGUAUAUUUAUUUAAAGCAAAUCU